UUACACCCCACUUCACUGCUCUCUCUCUCUCCUUAAAAUUCUCGCACGCACGCUCCUCUCCUCUUAGCGGAAAACUCUCUCUCUCUCUCUUCCUCCGUGUCUCUCUUGCGGCAAACAGUCCGCUCUGUUCUUUCUCUGCUUUGUUCUUUCAUGGCGACAGCGGAGGGCAAGGUUGAGAUCAAGCAAGAAACGAAAGAAGCACAAGAAACUUCCGAGCCCCCUCUCAAGUACAAGACAUGGGUCUUGAGAGUUUCCGUCCACUGUGAAGGCUGCAAGAGAAAAGUCAAGAAGGUUCUUCACAGCAUUGAAGGCGUUUACACUACAGAUAUCGACCUGAGGCAACAAAAAGUGACCGUGAACGGCAACGUCGAGGCAGACACCUUGAUCAAGAAACUCGUAAAGACGGGCAAGCAUGCAGAGUUGUGGCCUGUAAAGCCCUACCCGAAAGGCAAAAAGCAGGGCAAGUCGAAGAACAAAGAGAAACAGAGCGAUCCAGAAAGCGGCGAAGAAGCUGAACACGAUGGUGGUGGUUGUGCUGGUGGAGUUGAAGUAAAAGAAGGCGACUCGGCCAAAGGCUUUGACAAUGGUGGUGGAACCAGCAAGAACAGUGCGCCGUUUAAGAACAGCGUCACUGUCCAAGUGAAGGAGAUGAGACCUGAGGGGAGGCAUGCGGUGGUGACCUUUCCGACCGGUAUCCAGUCACCGACAGCGGCGGCCGAGAAUCCAGCUUUGGGAAACGAGGGUGGUGUGGCAGAGAAAAGCGGCGGCGGCGGCGGCGGUUCUGGUGGCAAGAAGAAAAAGAAGAAGAAGAAAGGGAAUACGGGGAACAGUACUAACCACAUUGGUGGAGAGAGUGAACACCAUCCUUGCGGUGCGCCGGCAAGCACCGGGUCGCCCAAGCCCGGCCAAGUUCAAGUUCAAGUUCAAGGUCAAUUGGGUCCAGGUCAAACGGGUCAAGGUCCGAUGUUCUAUCUGGGAAACCACAGCCCUCCACGUCAUCACGUGUACCAAUACCCACAGCAUAACUACGCCCCUUCCGCCUACGCCGUCAGUUACCACGCGGCGCAUCCGAGCGCCAGCUCCGGGGCGUCGUAUUACACCCCGCAGCCACCAUCGCACGCCUACGAGUGCGUGCACCAUCCGGGGCUGGAAUUCGAGCGAGCGCCGUCCGACCUCGACUCGUACUCCCCGCGGCCGUCCAACACGUUCGAGCUGUUCAGCGACGAGAAUCCCAAUGCUUGCUCCGUCAUGUGACCACGGCAAAUCUAAGUGAAAAUGGGACCAUUUUGAAAGGUAUAUGCGUAAUAUGUGGUGAUGGGUAAUCUGGACAUGCAAAGAACUUAUGCUCUGCUUUGUAUGAGUUUUAUGGAGUGUUAACUUUUGCAAUGCAUGUGGGCACUCGAAGAAGGACCAUGUAAGUAAGGUUGAAAGUAGGAAUGGACUCAAACUUUUGGGGUUGGAAUGAGUGUUUUUCUCA